UGUCGGGAGGAACUAUCUCAUGUUACGUGGCCUCAUACAGAAAUGAGUGUGUCCGCGGGAGCCUGAUAAGGUUUCCACUGUUGUUGGCCAGGGCAUAUUAAAGGGGGGCGUUGGGGCAGGCUGCUUGUCCCCGGCAGCAUCCCCGCAGCAUGGCAGGGCCGGGCGGCGAGGGGGACCUGCGGCGCCUGCUGAAGCUGCACCGCACCGAGAUUGCCAUGGCAGUGGACGACAUCUUCCCGCUGCUGCACGGCUUGGCUGACCACGACGUUGUCCCCGAGCACAUCUUCAAGGAGACACUGAGCCGGACGGAGCGGGAGGGCUCCCACCGUGCCUUCCAUGCGCUGCUCACCUGGCUGCUGGGCCGAGAUGCUGCUGCCGUCCGCGACUUCUGGGAAGUCCUCUUCAAGGACUACAACCUGGAGCGGUACACCCGGCUCCGGCCCCUCCGCGGCGCCUUCCCCAGAGAGGUGGAGCUGGGGCGGCAGCACCGCGGCAGGCGUCUCUCCCCCAGCCCCAUGGCACCACACAGACCCCAAGGCAAGAGGAGAGCCCCUGAGGAGCGGGACAGAGCCCGGGUGGUGCAGCCCUCCCCACGGCACACCGCCAGCCCCGGGCCCCUGGUGAAGGUGAGGACUGUGAAGAAGCCAGAGGGUGUGGAUGCCCCUCGCACCCCUCGUGGUGGUGCCCUCCAGGCAGUGGCCACCUCGGUGCAGAGAGCGGUGGCUGUGGCAGGCAAUGAGUUGCCUGUCACUCAAGGUGCUGUCGAGGGCAUCCUCAUCAAACACACACUGGAACCAGGCAGCUCUAAGACAAGCAGCAAAGCUGGGGACGAGCUGUAUGCCGCAGCCGCCUGUGAGGAGCCAGCUGCCAGGAGCAGAAGCCGCAGCCUGAGGCCCCCUGCCCGGCCCAAGGCAUCCCAAAGUGGCGGGGAGCACCAAGUGCACCCCCAGGACCGUCUGCUGACACCCACUGUGCACAGCCAGGACGCUGUGCCCCACCAGGAGAACGAGGACGAGUGUGCAGUGUGCGGUGAUGGUGGUGAGCUCAUCUGCUGCGAUGGCUGCCCCAGGGCCUUCCACCUCGCCUGCCUGGUGCCCCCGCUGCCCCGCGUCCCCAGUGGGACGUGGCAGUGUGGCUCCUGUGUGGCGGCUGUGGCUGAGUCAAGCAGGCUGCAGGAGGCAAAUGCAGCUGUGGAGCGAACCCCUGACACCCUGAGGGAGGAGGCCUGUGGACCUCAGUGUGAUGGAGGUGAUGGGAGCAUCUGCAGCAGCUGCUUCACCCAGAUCCCUGCACCCCGGCACUACUCUGCACCCAGCAGGGACUCCAGGGGGCUGCUGCUGUGCCCAUCCUGCACGACCACCCCGGACACCGGCAGGCUGGAGAGCACCACAGUGGCCGGCAACCACCCACUACAGGCAGCAAAGGUUGGUACCACCAGCAACCAGCCCCAGUGGAGGGAAACAGGCUGGGUGAGGCAGCAGUGGUGGUUACAGAGGGAAUGAUAAGGCUGAGGAAUGUUACUUCAGGCGGAGUGAGGGACUGGCUGAGUGUUGCUGGAGGCAAGUUAGUGAACGGGAGAACUGGCUAUUCUUGAUUUGGAGAAGGCUGAGGUUCUCAAUGACUUCUUUGUCUCAGUCUUCACUGGCAAG